GAGUGAAUGAGGGUUGCUCAUCAGGAAGUAUCAGCGGGUGAAACUUUAAAAAGAAGUCUUUAUCGUUUCGGCCUCGGCCACGUCUUGCUCUGCUACGUACGACAAAGAACAGGCCAGCGCGGUCUGUGCAGGCGCCAGCUGCAGCGGCUUUACACUGAGAAUAUGCUCAAGGGACACUAUGUACCUGAAAAGGUUAACUACAGCAGAUGGACGGAGACAGCUCAACCACCGAUGCGUCCCAGCUGGGCAUCACUGGCGAGUACAUGGCGUCCAGUCACUACGUUCUCCAGUCUCAAGAUGAUGAUGCAGAGGAGAGUCUGAACGACCAUGAAGACGGCGGAGUCAAAGAGAACUACAGGGAACAGGACAUCUACCUGCCUAUCGCCAACGUGGCUCGCAUCAUGAAGAACGCUGUUCCUCAGACUGGAAAGAUUGCAAAAGAUGCCAAGGAGUGUGUACAGGAGUGUGUGAGCGAGUUCAUCAGCUUCAUCACGUCGGAGGCGAGCGAGCGCUGCCACCAGGAGAAGAGGAAGACCAUCAACGGGGAGGACAUCCUGUUCGCCAUGUCCACAUUGGGCUUCGAUAUGUACGUGGAGCCGCUGAAGCUCUACCUGCAGAAGUUCAGAGAGGCGAUGAAGGGGGAGAAGGGGAUCCCUGGGGUGUCGGUGGGAGAAAGCCUGGGGGAGGAUCUCACAGACGACAGCUUCACAAAUCCCCUUCCAGCAGGGAUUAUCACAGCAGAUGGCCAGCAGCAAAACGUCAUGGUGUACACCACCUCAUAUCAACAGAUUCCCACUGUACAACAGAUCCAGUUUUCAUGACGAGGACUUACUCCAAGCCUGACCACAGCAGUUUCACACCGGGCUCACGCCUGCCUGAUGACCUCUGACCCUGCCACAGGGUAAAGGUUAGCAGACGGACAGGGAGAGAGGAGGGAGAGGCUUCUGCACGAAACCUCAUGUACACAGAAAUCACUACCUGUUGAGUAGAAAGUGUAGUUUCUAGUUGUGAGGUAGCAAAUGUUUUGGAGUGCAUCCAAAGCACCUGGGGAAUCUGAGGCUUUAUUUUAAAGGCUAGUCUUAUUACAUGAUUUAGUGGUGGAAUUGUUUUUGUGCGUGUGUGUUUAUGUGUUUGCUUUUAUGCAUUAAUUUUUCUUGUGGGGGGGGGGGGUUGGUAGUUUGGGAAAGUGUUGUAUUGGAAGCUUAUUUUUAAGGUCUUCUCUGUUUGAACCGAGAGAAGCCAUGUUGUUACUGUCACAUCAGAUCAUGCAGCUCUUUUGCUCUUUUGUAAGUUCAGACAAUUUACCAUGUGCUUAAAUGUCAUGUAAAUCCUUUGAAUAAAAAUUCAAAAGUGA